UAUUAGUCUAAAGUUUGUUUACUAUUGUUUUAUAUACUAAACUGAGAAAAGAACUUUAAAUAAAAAAUAAUAAUAUUUCAGAUUGCUAGCAGAUAUUGAAGCACAGUACUUGGAAGUAAUGUGGAAAUUAUAUCUAAUAGUAUUAUAAUUAUUAUUUUCAAUAAAAGAAUAAAUUAUUCAUGGAAAUAACUAUAAAGGUUCUAAAAAAAUAUAUAUAUAUUUUGUCUAAGCUGUCAUUGCCAAAACUGGCUAGUUGAAGAGUGUGGAAAGGAUAACUAGAAUUAAUAUGGGCUCUCGUAAUAAUACCUGGAUAGAACCUAUUGGUUAUACUAGCUCUUUCCGUCCUAUAAGGAAACCUUUGCGACUAAACUAUAGUAGAGAUGAUCCUAAAAUAAAAGAAACCAGGUAUCAAAAGUUUCACAAGCAAAAUAAGGGAAGAGAAUCUGCACCUAGGACCUUCCCCAUGGAGUUAAGACCUAGGGAAGUAAUCACUCCUGAUGUCGCAUCAUCCAAAAAUUCAAGAUAUAGCCGUAGUCGUUCUACUCCAAGAGAAGAAUUAAAUUCUUAUAGUAACGUCAGACGGUCAUCAAGAAUAAGCUUGCCUAGAUUUCCUGAACCACCUUUAAAUAAAGAGAAAAAUGCUGUAAAUAAGAGAUUUAGCCCUCCAAAAAGAGCACCUCCUGGGUACAUUCAUUCCAGGCCGAGUGCUCCACUUAGACCACCUCCUGGUUAUAUACAUGCUUCUUCAAGCACUCCAAACAGGGCAUCCUCUGGUUAUAGACAUUCCUCUCCAAGGUACAGGCAGGAAGAUAGCCAAUAUGCACCAAGAGGAAAAUCAUUGGUGCGAGAAUCUCCUUUAAAAAAAGAUUCAAAAAGUGCAGGACGGAAAUAUGAACAGACAUCAAGAAAAAGAAAUACAUCACCACCUUCUUUUAAUUCUAGAUAUUACAAUAAUGAUGAAGAAUAUACACCCAGGAGAUUUUUACGUAGUCGUUCUGAACCACCCAGAAGAUCUGCUCGUAUUGCCAAUCUCAAAAAAUCUACCACUCAACAAGGAGUAAAGGAUGAUGAAAGGAAUUCAAGUAGACCUCGCGCAAGAAGCAGAGCUGUUAGUAAAGCAAGGGACUCUUCUCCUAGAGGCAGCCAUUCUGAAUCAAAAUACAAAACUUCUCAGAGUAAUUACAGAUCAGCAUCAGUUGCACCCUCUAGAUAUUCUGGUAGCGAUUUCACUAAAAGUUCCCGAGAGCUUCAAAAUAGAAAUACUAAAAAAGAAAAGGGACAUCCUCAUCCAGAGACAUCCAGCACCAGCCGUGGGCAAAUAGUUUCAGCUGUUGUGGAAAAUAAUGAACCACAACCUGCAUAUGAUGAGUCCCCAACUUCUGUAUCUGAUAUGUUUCAUGAACCUCCUCCUGCUGCAGCUGAAAGGUCUCCUGAAGAUCCUAACGUUUCUGUUGAAGAUACUGAUCCUACAUACCAUGAAGAUGAAGAAAACAGAAUUAUGGAUAUAAAUACUGAUCCUACAUACCAUGAAGAUGAAGAGAACAGAAUUGUGGAUAAUUUCAAUAGAGUACAAGAUACUGAUCCUACAUACCAUGAAGAUGAAGAGAACAGAAUCGUGGAUAAUUUCAAUAGAGUACAAGAUCCUUACUUAGAUUACAACAGGGGUUUACAUCGGUAUGAAGAAGGUACAAAUGCAUUCUACCUCAACAGUGAAUCUUUGUUUUCCAGAAGGGAACCAUCCCAUUAUGUAAAUGGCUCUAAUGCUUAUAGAAACAAUGGAUUUGAUUCUUUGGUUCCUUUUCACCGAAGGCAAAUGGAUGUUGCUAAUGUUUCCCGUAAUAUAUCAGCUGAAGAAUUUUCCCACUAUGAGACCUUGCCAUGGCAGGGAGAUUAUAGGGAUUACUUACCACCUGCAGAAUAUGCUCACUAUCAAGUAUCUUCAUGGCAGAAUGCUUACAAUGAAGGGCUACUGAUGCAGAAUAGAUUUUGGAAUAAUAGUAUGUUUUCUUCAAUUCGGAUUACGUGUCCUGAUGGAGGUAUAUUAUGUCUUAAUGAAAACUCUUAUUGUUUGAGGAGGAGAGUUUCAUUAAAUAAUGAAUUUGAAACAUGAUUUUUUUUUCUAUUUGUUAUAGUUGUCUUAUGACAAUUAAUAAUCUUUAUUUAAAUUUCAUGUAUUCUCUAGGCCUUCUUUUCAUAAGUUUUUUUUAAUAUAACAUAGUAUUAAAGUGAAGUAUUAUUAUCCAAUAAAUAUCUAUAAUAUGAUGUAAUAAAUAAAAAUCCUAAUAUAUUAUUACCAACUUCUUCAUUUUGAGCAAAAUGAGGAUAAUCUACCCUACCAUUUGAUACUCAAUGAAAACAAAUGAACAAGUAAUUAAUUAAACAUUUGGAACUUAAUAUUUAUAACAUUUUGAUUAUUUAUUAGGGUUUUAUUUAUGUAUAAUUUAGCAAAAGUUAAUAACUUUGUCUCCCUAAAAGUAUUAUUUUGUAAUACAUGAAAAUACUGUUUAUACUCUACUGAUAAAUAUAAUUAAAUUUGUCUUAGUAGAAACCAGGUCUAUUAUAUCUUAGUUUCACAUGAAUCACCUUUCAACUGAAAAAUAUUAUCCUGGAUAAAUUUAUUUCUUGAUAAUGUAAAUUUAAAUCUAAAAAUAACAAAAAAAUAAGAUUAAUCCAGUUUAAUACUCUUUAACAAUUGUUAGUUAUAGAAUAAAAGUAAUGGAAGCUACUACUAUGACUAUAUAAAUACCAUGUUUCAUAAUUAUUAUAAAUUGCAGCUUUUAUUUUCUUAAAUAAUGUUACAAAUAAAUAGCAUGGUAUUUAAAAAAAAAAAAAAAACUGGCCUUCACCCUACAUUUAUUUUAACUGAUCAUACUAAUUAUAAAUUAUUCAAUGAUAUUUUUAUAAUUCAGAAAUAUUAUUUUUUAUAUGGUUUUUCCCCAGUAUAAAGUGAACAACAAACUGAUUAGUUUUUAAUAUUACAUAUCUGAGAAAUUGUGUGAGGUUUUCUACCAAAAAAUACUGUAAAUGUUUAUGGGAUCUAACAUGUCCUCUCUAUUACUGAGCUUAUCGGUUUUAAUUAAAUCUGUAGUGUGUUUACUACUGUGAUGUUAUUGUUUUAUUUCAAUAAAUGUAUAUAAAUGAUUAUGUUACUAUGCUUUAAAAGUUCUACUUUCUAUACUUGUGUUCUGUUUAAAUAUUUUGACUUUUUGUGUAACAUAUAAUAUAUUUAAUGUUGAAUAUAAAGACUGAAUAUUUUC